CAAUCUUAAUUUGAAAUGCUGGAGUGUAUUUCAAGUACUGGAGACCACCUAUUUCUAUUGUAUUUAUUGAAACUUAUUCUCUUUGCACUGCUGAAAAUUGAUUGCCCCAUAAUGAUUCAGCUGAAUUCUGGAAAAGUUGUUGCUGUUGGUCCUGGUCAUCAUGGUAGGGAAGGAAAGCUGAUUCCGGUCAGUGUGAAGGAAGGAGAUCAUGUUUUGUUGCCUGAGUAUGGAGGAACUGAAGUGAAGCUUGGUGAAAAGGAGUAAGUCUUCUAUCCUCUUCCUUUUGCACUUUACGUAAUUUGUAAUUAUCAUAUGCUGCUUUUUUUGCCUUAUAACUUCACGUUGAUGAUAAGUAAAUUAAUAAAUUGACUUGUUUCCAUUAAUAACGACUGAUUAACUAGUUUUAUGGAAAUUACCGUGAAGUUGUAUACUGAAUUGAUGAUAUUUGUAGUUAACUUGUUCACUGCUGUAAAUUUUAAUUGUUUUUUCUCUAAUUUCUGUCUUAACAUAUCACUGCCUUACAUGACCACGAAUCCUAUCCAGUUCAUUUCUGUUUUUCUGGGUAUAGUUAAUUAUCUUGAUUAAUGAUAAUGAUG